AUGACCUGCUAUGACAAAACGGGCAUCGUCGUCACCACUCGCUCAGCCGUAGCUGGAGGUUGCCCAGAAGGAGACGGCUGGCCCCUUUACGGUGCUCUCGAGCCCAUGCAUUUUCAGGCUGAGACCUGCCUGGCCUUUGGCUUGGGAGACCACUCAUUAUUCGAAUCUUGGACUUGCAUUUGGCCUCCAGUCGUCACCGUUGCCGCUGCUACGACCAAGGAGAUCCGGUCCGUCAACAGGUGCUGGUGCCUCGUUUCUUCGCGCAGAGCCGAGCAACGCAGCACCUUAGCCUGA